AUGAGGAACCCUUCUCUUGCACGGUUACCAUACCGUGCUUUGUCUGGUCUGACCAGCACUGCCCGAUUCCAGUCACAAAGUCUCCUCCGCUUGCGAUGCGCAUCCACGUCCGCCUUGCGGCCGUCCGGAGUCGCGCCGGCUUAUCAGUCGAUUUUGAGGCAAUGGGAACAACGCCGCAACGCCGCGUCUGCCAGUGCUUCCGCAGUUCUGGAGGCUGCUGCGGCCAGCCCUGACAGUCUGUCGCAAGCCGCCAUCAUUGACAACUUGGAUCCCAUCGAAGCUGCUCGCUUGGACAAAGUCCGAAACAUUGGUAUCGCCGCCCACAUCGACAGCGGCAAGACCACAUGUACCGAGCGAGUCCUUUUCUAUACCGGCCGUAUCAAAGCAAUCCACGAGGUCCGCGGACGAGAUGCCGUCGGUGCCAAGAUGGACUCGAUGGAUUUGGAACGUGAGAAGGGUAUCACCAUUCAGUCUGCAGCCACUUUCUGUGACUGGGUCAAGAAGGACAAGCAGGGCGUCGAUCAAAAGUACCACAUCAACUUGAUUGAUACCCCUGGCCACAUUGAUUUCACCAUCGAAGUCGAGAGAGCGCUGCGCGUUCUGGAUGGUGCCGUCAUGAUUCUGUGCGCUGUCUCCGGUGUCCAGUCCCAGACUAUCACUGUUGAUCGUCAAAUGCGCCGUUACAACGUGCCCCGUAUCUCCUUCGUCAACAAGAUGGACCGUAUGGGUGCCAACCCAUUCAAGGCCAUUGAACAGAUCAACACCAAGCUCAAGAUGCCUGCUGCUGCAGUCCAGGUCCCUAUCGGUGCCGAGGACGAGUUUGAGGGAGUCGUUGACUUGAUCCGCAUGAAGGCACUUUACAACAGGGGCGAGAGUGGUGAAGACAUCGUUGAGUCUGACAAAAUUCCUGACAAGGUCAAGGACAUUGCUCAAGAGCGACGGGCGAUGCUUAUUGAGACCCUCGCCGACGUCGACGACGAGAUCGCUGAGAUUUUCCUGGAUGAGGGUGAGCCCACUGAAGACCAGCUCCGCGCUGCCAUUCGCCGUGCCACCAUCGGCCUGAAGUUCACUCCCGUCUUCAUGGGAUCUGCUCUGGCUAACAAGUCUGUCCAGCCCAUGCUGGACGGUGUCGUCGACUUCUUGCCUAAUCCCGCGGAGGUGGAGAAUCUGGCCCUGGAUCAAAAGCGAAACGAGGCUUCCGUGAAGCUCGUUCCCUACAACUCCCUGCCCUUUGUCGGUCUUGCAUUCAAGCUGGAGGAGAGUAACUUUGGCCAGUUGACCUACAUUCGGGUGUACCAGGGUACCCUCCGCAAGGGUUCCAAUGUGUUCAACGCUCGCAACAACAAGAAGGUGAAGGUGCCUCGUAUUGUGCGUAUGCACUCCAAUGAGAUGGAGGAAGUCAACGAAAUUGGAGCUGGUGAGAUCUGCGCCGUGUUCGGUGUUGAGUGUGCGUCCGGUGAUACCUUUACCGACGGUCAACUUGGCUACAGCAUGUCGUCCAUGUUUGUCCCGGAGCCUGUCAUCUCGCUUUCUAUCAAGCCCAAGCAAACUAAGGAUGCGGCCAACUUUUCCAAGGCCAUGGCCCGUUUCCAGCGCGAGGACCCCACUUUCCGCGUCACUUACGAUAGCGAGAGUGAGCAGACCAUCAUUUCCGGCAUGGGUGAACUCCACCUUGACAUCUACGUCGAGCGUAUGCGCCGAGAGUAUCGCGUCGAUUGCGAGACUGGUCAGCCCCAGGUCGCAUACCGUGAGACGAUCGGUCGUCGUGUUGAAUUUGAUCACUUGCUCAAGAAGCAAACCGGUGGUGCUGGUGACUAUGCCCGUGUUAUGGGAUGGAUGGAGCCUACCGGUACUCUUGAGGAGAACAAGUUCGAGCAGCAAGUCGUUGGUGGUAGCAUUUCGGAGAAGUUCUUGUACGCUUGUGAAAAGGGCUUCAACAUCUCUUGCGAGAAGGGUCCUCUCAUCGGCCACAAGGUUCUUGGCACCUCCAUGGUCAUCAACGAUGGUGCCACUCACAUGACUGAUUCGUCUGAAAUGGCGUUCAAGAAUGCUACGCAGCAGGCCUUCCGUAAGGCUUUCACUGAGAGUAACCCUGCCGUGCUGGAGCCCUUGAUGAAGACAGUGGUCACUGCUCCCUCGGAGUUCCAAGGUGAUGUUAUUGGUCUGCUGAACAAGCGUGGUGCCACCAUCAAUGACACCGAGACCGGUGUUGAUGAGUUCACCAUCUACGCGGACUGCAGUCUGAACGGCAUGUUCGGCUUCAGCUCCAACCUCCGUGCUGCUACCCAGGGCAAGGGUGAAUAUACCAUGGAGUUCAGCCAUUACGAGAAGGCUCCUCCACAAGUCCAGAAGGAGCUUAUCGCCAAGUACCAGAAGGCUCAAGCUGACCGAAAUAAGAAAUAA